UAAGAAUUUCAUUACUCUAAAGGAUUUUUAAUUAAAAAGUCAAAUUAAUUUUUAUUUAUUUAUUAGUCAGGGAUGCUGGGACUAAAUUAGUUAUUAACUUACUCUCUUUAAUGGAGGGAAAAGUGGUUUUUAAUCGGAAUUAGAGAGGAGGCGCCACUUACAACACCAACACACGCAUCGACCCGUCGAUCACUAGAAUUUGCAAAUGUUGUGUAAUUUCCACUGAUUUUUAUGAUUUUUAAGCACAUUUCACCAAAUAUUAUUGUCCAGCUUGAGCUUAAUGAUGAUUUUAAGUGAUUAUUGCAUUUUAAACACAUUUUAAACAAUAAAAAAAGACUCGCAGCGAACACGGAGCGGAGAAGGAUUUAUUUUUGAUCAUGGCGGGCGGUGAGAGAGAGAGGGCGUUGUGAGAGAGUGCAUUUUUGGGUGUUUGCCAACACUAUUUUGGGGCUUGGCGCCAAUUAGAACAGAUUUGAAUUUUGAAUAUAAUAAGUAGACCGAUUAAAGGACUUUUUCGGUUGAUUUGAAUUACAAUAGAACAUCUGUGUUGGGUUGCAUGAACUUUUAUUGCCACUUUUUAUUGCUGUGAUAUGCUGACUCUGUUUUUUUUUAUCAUUCUCCCGAAAUACUUUUGCUUUUCAAUGGCACUUGGCUCGACUCUUGAUUUCUGCUGUUGUCUGCUUUUAUUUUCGGUGUUGUUUUCAUUAUUGCGUGACAUUUCCGUGUGCCACCGAUAAGAGAUAGCCGAUUCGAGCCAACUCAAUGCACUUUUGAUAAGGGUAUCUCUCGAAACGAGGUUGCAUCACCGAUAAGAACGCGACUGUCUGCAGAAGCAGUGACUAAGGGCUUGAAUCACAGUCGAGAGCUACUUAUUUACGAUUUGUUGAUUAUUCCCAACUGCCAGGGCCACCACUGGGCGGUGAAAUGUUCCUCAAAAGUAUUACUAAUCGGCCACUAACUGUGAAAAUGCGAAAAAGCCAACGACGCGAUUUUGUGUAAAGUCAUACUACCAUGAAAACGUAAACAAAUCGAACAAAAAACAAAUAAAAAACAAAACAAAACACUAACAAUAAAAAAGAAAAACAAAAAUAAACAAUAAUCCAAACAGCGGAUAAUACCAAAGAUUUAAGCCAAAUCGAGGAGUGAUUUUUGGCCAUGUUCGACGUACCGCCCAAGUGCCCGGCGCUGGCGAACAAGCUGGGCGGCAUCUUCGGGUGGCGCCACACCUACAAGGUGGCGGCCAAGCACGAGGGCAUCCCCCACGGCCAGCUCCACAAGUCCUACUCCCUCACGCUUCCGAAGCGACCGCCCUCGCCCUCGGCCUACUCGUGUGUAAAGCCCGACUCGUGGGUGACGGUAACCCAUCUCCAGACACAGUCCGGCAUCCUGGACCCGGACGACUGUGUCCGGGAUGUGGCCGACGAUAGGGAGCAGAUCCUGGCCCACUUCGAGGAUCCCGGACCGGAUCCGGGCGUGCAACAGGGCGGUGGGGAUGGAGCCUCCGGCAGUUCAUCCGUCGGCACCGGAUCGCCGGACAUCUUCCGGGAUCCCACAAACACAGAGGCGCCCACCUGCCCCCGGGAUCUGUCCACACCGCACAUCGAGGUGACCAGCACCACGUCCGGUCCGAUGGCGGGCCUGGGCGUGGGCCUGAUGGUGCGCCGCAGCAGCGACCCCAACCUGCUGGCCUCCCUCAAGGCGGAGGGCAGCAACAAGCGCUGGUCGGCCGCGGCGCCCCACUACGCUGGCGGGGAUUCGCCAGAGCGCCUGCUGAUGGAGAAGGCCGGCGGCCACCUGUCGCCGCAGUGGGAGGAGGAGGACGAUCCCAGCCAGCAGCUCCUUAACCAGCAACCGCACUCCGGAGGAAGCAACGGAGCCGGAGGAGGCGGUAACCACCAGCCAUUUGCCCGUUCCGGCCGCCUCUCGAUGCAGUUCCUGGGCGUCGGCAACGGCUACAAGUGGAUGGAGGCCGCCGAGAAGCUCCAGCAGCAGAACCACCACCAGCCGCCCGUCCAGCAGGCCCAGUCCGGCCACUCCGGGCCGGCGCAGAGCGGAGCCUACUCCAGCAAGUCCCUGCCCAGGGAGAGCAAGCGCAAGGAGCCGCUGGGCCAGGCCUACGAGUCGAUCCGGGAGAAGGACGGCGAGAUGCUGCUGAUCAUCAACGAGUACGGGAGCCCGCUGGGGCUCACCGCCCUGCCGGACAAGGAGCACGGCGGAGGACUGCUGGUGCAGCACGUGGAGCCCGGAUCGCGGGCGGAGAGGGGACGCCUGCGGCGCGACGACCGCAUCCUAGAGAUCAACGGCAUCAAACUGAUCGGCCUGACCGAGUCCCAGGUGCAGGAGCAGCUCCGGCGCGCCCUGGAGAGCUCCGAGCUGCGGGUGAGGGUACUGCGGGGCGACCGAGGAAACCGUAGCCGCCAGCAGAGGGACUCCAAGGUGGCGGAAAUGGUCGAGGUGGCCACUGUCUCGCCCACCCGGAAGCCGCACGCCGCUCCGGUGGGCACCUCCCUGCAGGUGGCCAACACCCGGAAGCUGGGCCGCAAGAUCGAGAUCCUCCUGAAGAAGGGCCCCAACGGACUGGGCUUCUCCGUGACCACGCGGGACAAUCCCGCCGGCGGCCACUGUCCCAUCUACAUCAAGAACAUCCUGCCGCGCGGAGCCGCCAUCGAGGACGGGCGCCUGAAGCCCGGGGAUCGCCUGCUGGAGGUGGACGGCACGCCCAUGACGGGCAAGACCCAGACGGACGUGGUGGCCAUUCUGCGGGGCAUGCCCGCCGGAGCCACGGUCCAGAUAGUGGUCUCCCGCCAGCAGGAGCUGGCCGAGCAGAACGGCGAGCAGGCGGCGGCCGGAGCUCAGGCAGCAGCUGCUCCGGCGGCAGCUCCGCCCCCGAUUCCCGUCCAGAAGUCCAGCAGUGCCAGGUCGCUCUUCCAGCACUCCCAGCAGCAGCAGCUGAACGAAUCUCAGCACUUCAUCGACGCGGGCAGCGAGUCGGCGGCCUCGAAUGACAGCCUGCCGCCGAGCAGCAACAGCUGGCAGUCCCGGGAGGAGCUCACCCUCCACAUCCCCGUCCACGACACGGAGAAGGCCGGCCUGGGAGUGAGUGUGAAGGGCAAGACGUGCUCCAACCUGAACGCCUCCGGCUCCAGCACCACCAGCAGCGCCAACGGCCCGAUGAAGCACGACGGGGAUCUGGGCAUAUUCGUGAAGAACGUGAUCCACGGAGGAGCUGCCUCCCGGGACGGGCGUCUGCGGAUGAACGACCAGCUCCUGAGCGUCAAUGGAGUCUCGCUGCGGGGACAGAACAACGCCGAGGCCAUGGAGACCCUGCGCCGGGCGAUGGUGAACACGCCGGGGAAGCACCCCGGGACCAUAACCCUCCUGGUGGGCCGGAAGAUCCACCGCUCGGCUAGUUCCAGCGACAUCCUCGACCAGAGCACCAGCCAUAGCAGCAGCAACAGCAGCGGGGGCGGAGGAAGCGGCAACCACAACAGCAGCUCCAAUGCCAGCGACAACUCCGGAGCCACGGUCAUCUACCUGAGCCCGGAGAAGCGGGAGCAGCGAUGCAACGGGGGAAGUGGAGGCGGCAGUUCCAGCAAUGAGAUGAAUAGGUGGAGCAAUCCCGUUUUGGAUCGUCUAACCGGUGGCAUUUGCUCCUCCAACUCAGCGCAGUCCUCGCAGCAGCAGCAGCAGCAGCCGUCGCAACAGCAGCAGUCGCAUCCUCCCCAGCAGCAGCAGCAGCAGCGUCGCCUGCCACCAGCUCCGGCUGGCAGCAGUGCCGCCUUGCGGAACGAGAGCUACUACAUGGCCACCAACGACAACUGGUCGCCGGCGCAGCUGCACCUGCUGACAGGACACGGCAACACGGCGAUGCUCAUCGAGGACGAUUCCGAGCCCAUGUCGCCAACUCUACCGGCACGUCCGCACGAUGUCCAGCACUGCAACCCGAGCAGCGCCAACGCAUCGUCCGGCCAGCAAGUGGCCGCGGGAGGGGCUGCUCCUGGAGCAGUGCCCGUGCCUGGCACUCCCUCGUCGUCCUCCAACUUUGACGCCACCUACUCGUCGCAGCUGAGCCUGGAGACGAACUCCGGGGUGGAGCACUUCUCGCGCGACGCCCUCGGCAGGCGGAGCAUCUCGGAGAAGCAUCAUGCGGCGCUGGAUGCCCGCGAAACGGGCACCUACCAGCGGAACAAGAAGCUGCGCGAGGAGCGGGAACGGGAGCGCCGCAUCCAGCUGACCAAGUCGGCGGUGUACGGCGGCUCCAUCGAGUCCCUGACGGCGCGGAUCGCCAGCGCCAAUGCCCAGUUCGCGACGGGCUACAAGCACGCCAAGACGGCCUCCAGCAUCGAGCAGCGGGAGCAGCAGCAGAUGGCCGCCGAGUCGGAGGCCCGGGAUCAGUUGGGGGAUUUGGGUCCAUCGCUGGGCCUGAAGAAGUCCUCGUCGCUGGAGUCGCUCCAGACGAUGGUGCAGGAGUUGCAGAUGUCGGACGAGCCGCGCGGCCAUCACGCCCUGCGGGCUCCUCGCGGCCGCGGCCGGGAGGACAGUCUCCGGGCUGCGGUGGUCAGUGAACCGGACGCCAACAAACCCCGCAAGACCUGGCUGCUGGAGGAGGGCGACCAUGAGGGCGGCUUCUCCGCCCAGCGGAACGGUCCCUUCCAGAGCUCCCUGAACGACGGCAAGCACGGCAGCAAGUCCUCGCGCGCCAAGAAGCCGAGCAUCCUGCGCGGCAUCGGGCACAUGUUCCGCUUCGGCAAGAACCGGAAGGACGGUGUGGUGCCGGUGGACACGUACGCCACGGCGAAUAGCACCAUCUCCCCGCCCAGCUCGGUGGUGUCCACGAACACCCAACAGGUGCAGCAGGCGCAGCAGAUACCCACCGCUGCCCUGGCGGCGCUGGAGCGGAACGGCAAGCCGCCGGCCUACCAGCCACCACCGCCCCUGCCCGCUCCCAACGGCGCCGCGGGGGGAUCGCAGCUGAACGGGGGCAUCCACCAGAACGACAUCUUCAACCAUCGCUACCAGCACUACGCCAACUACGAGGACCUGCACCAGCACCAGCACCAGCACCAGCACCAGCAUCAGAUUAGAAGCAGCAGUCGAGGAGGAGACUCCAGCACCUCCAGCAUCUCGGAGACGCUAUCGGAAUCCACUCUGGAGUGCAUGCGACAGCAGGUGAUCAGGCAGCGGAUCAAGGUGGAGGCGGAAAGUCGCCGCCAUCAGCAUUACCAUUCGCAGCGCAGUGCCCGCUCGCAGGACAUCAGCAUGCACUCGACGGGAUCGGGAUCGGGAUCGGUGUCGGGAUCAGGAGGACAGGCAGGUCCGCAGGCGCAGGCCGGGAACGGAGUGCGUCCCAUCAGCAGCUACUACGAGUACGAGACGGUGCAGCAGCGGGUCGGGAGCAUCAAGCACAGCAGCACCUCCGGAGGAGGUAGCGGCAGGGGAGACAACAGCUCCGGGGCGGGCGGCAACACCACCACCUCGCCCAUCAACGUGCCCCACUGGAAGGCGGCGGCCAUGAACGGCUACUCGCCGGCCAGCCUCAACAGCUCCGCCCGCAGCCGUGGUCCCUUCGUUACCCAGGUGACCAUCCGGGAGCAGGGCGGCCACCCCGCCCACCUGCUCCUCCAGCAGCAGCAGCAACACCAGCAGCAACUCCAGCACCAGCUGCAGAUCCAACAGCAGCCGACCUACCAGACUGUCCAGAAGAUGUCCUCCGGGCAGUCGCAGUACGGCAGCACCGCCGGCUCCCAGCCGCACGCUUCGAAGGUGUGACUAUAGGUGUUGGCGCACGCGCGCGCCACUCGGGAUGUGCUCGUCGACCGGAGGACGGGACAGGAGCAGGAGCAGGAGCAGACCAGCAGCGGGGUUAGGGAGGUCAGCGAGGAGGUGGAGAUCUUCUACUACGCCACCGAGUGCUGAGUGCUGAGGGCUGAGGAAUCGGAUCUGCGAUGGAAACUCUUCCACAAUUUCGUACCAGACACACACACACACACUUGUCCAGGGUGGGGUUCGGCAACUACUUCCAGGAUAACCCUAAGCUUUUAAACUGUAUAACUCAUCCAAGACCGAUGUAUUCUAUUGUAAUCAUUCCGCAAUAAGGCCAACUAUAAGAUUUGUAACCAAAGCGAGAGUAUAUGUCCUUAUGAUCCUUGCAGGGAGUAGGGGAGUGGUAUACUGUUUGUGGGAGGAGUUGAUAGCCCAGCCCGCCCUGAACCACCCACACACACCACACACACAUGUAGGCUUAAGUCCAUUAUUCACAACAUUAGCGCGUAGGAUCGAGAAUAUAUAUCUUUGUGAAGUGCUCGGAUUAGAGUUAGCUCUUAAGGAUUAAGAUCCAAGUCUGAGUCUGAGUCUGAGUCGGAGUCGGAGAACCCGGAGAAUCUUUUGUACAUAGUUAGUAGCGAGAGGAGCAAACUUCGAAGGAAGAAAGGACAGCAGCCAGAUCAUAAGUAAUAUUUCAAUGUCUCUGAUCAUAAUUAUUUUUUUUUCUAUAUUUUAAUUUGUAUAUAUAAUCCUUAAAUGUUUGUUUUCCGUUAGCUUUAAAGUGGAAGCCAUUUUGUGUGCAAGAUAGGCAGGAUCUGAGGCGAGGAUCUGCCAGAAGCGAAAAGUAAAACUUAUAGAGAUAUAUAUACGAUAUGAAGGAUAUACCAUCUAAGGAUAUGCCUGUAACACUUUUUUUUUUUGUGUCGAUUUCCGUCGAGAGGUCCCUUAAAACGAAUAAAAGACAGCAGCUAACUAGAUAUAGACAUCCAUUUGUACGAUCUAACACUAAACUAGAGCCUAAGCCUCUAUAUAUAGCGAUUAUAUAUACGAUACUUUAAUUUUUUUGUGUGUACUCUACUCUCUAAGUAUAAUUUUGUGCGAUACCGAUUUGAGAAUUGCGAAUUAAAUGUUACGAAAAUUUCGAAAAGAGAA